UGCUGUUGAAUAUUUUCAAGGCAGUUUCUUUGUUUAUUAUUUACUGUGUUUCUGUGUGCUUGCGUGUUCCUCUUUGUUUUCUGUCACAAUGUAUUUUAUUGAUAUCCCAGUUUGUGUUCUUCUACGGCAUCUAUGACUCACAGGCAAAUAUGACAGCAGGUGGUGCGUGAUGUAAUACGGGCCACAUAUAAGUGUGUUCUCUGUCUGCUGACUCUACCUGAGGACAAAGCAAAAUUAGGAAACGCGAAACAUUGCAAACUGGACCCCCGCUGGGUUUUGAGGUGUUUCAAGAUGUCUAAAUAUGCACACUGAAAAUGUUUACCGGGCUUUAGAGAGUGCAGGAGCUAAGUUAUUGUCUUUAGGAUAAUUCUCUGAUCACUGAAGAUUUUAUUACCAGGUUUUAUUCAUACUAACUAAACAUUCAGUUGGAUAAGCACAACACAAUCGUUGUGUACUUCUAUGACUGGUAGGUAGAGUAUGUCAUCACCAAGGUCCAAGCUCCCGCUUCUUCUGUAUGGGAUCCUCCUGUGCAGCGCCUCUGCUCCGCUUCCAGUUAUCAGCCGGACGAGACAAACGGUACGAAGCGCCGGAUCACUGGUUUCACCCAGCAGCAACAUCUGGGACAAGAGGGAAGUGACAGCGAAAGACGGAGAAUACCUGCUGGGCAUAAAGAGACUGAGAAGGCUUUACUGUAACGUGGGCAUUGGUUUCCACAUUCAGGUCUUACCCAAUGGGAAGAUCACGGGCGUGCACAAUGAAAACAGAUACACCCUGCUAGAAAUUUCUCCAGUGGAGAGAGGAGUGGUGACUCUCUACGGGGUGAGAAGCGGUCUCUUCGUUGCUAUGAAUGACAAAGGGAAACUCUAUGGCUCGGGACACUACAACGAUGAAUGCAAGUUCAAGGAGAAUAUCCUGGCCAACAACUACAACGCCUAUGAGUCAGCUGCGUACCCUGGCAUGUACAUCGGCCUCAGUAAAAUGGGCAAAAGCAAAAGAGGCAACCGGGUCACACCCAAAAUGACCAUGACACACUUCCUUCCCAGAAUAUGAAUUAUGAUGUGGAAACGCUCAACAGUGUAGACUGAA